GGCUCGAGGAGUCCCUGCGCCUGGAGCUCCAGUGCGACGGCUACACCGGCAUCCGGUCCACCGUUGUCUGUCCCUACUUUAUCAACACCGGUAUGUUUGCCGGAGUUAGUUCCAGUAUAAUACCGAUUAUGGAGCCGACAUGGGUGGCCGACGAGAUCAUGGCUGCUAUACUUACCAAUCAGGAGGUGCUCGUUAUACCCAAGCUUUUCUAUACACUAGUG